AUGGGCUCAUUGAAAUGGCGUGCCAGAAUCUCCUUGUUGCAACUUGCUCCGCCGGGAUCGGACAGUCCAUUGAGAUCCGCACGAUUCAAGGAACAUCCCAGGGGUGCUCACCACGAUCAGUCCAAUACAGCUUCUGCAACUCUUGGUCCAAUUCCAGGUCAAUUGGCUCUGGCAACCCCUCCAGCAGCAAUUCAAUAUCGAUCUGACCCCCAGGAGUCUGGCCAACAGGCAGCCCUUCCACAUCCUUUGGAUGGAGUUCCCAAGCCCUACCAACGACUGCACGAUGAAUGCGACACUCCGUCUGGAUACCCCGGCCAUGCAGAGACGCGCCGAAAACAGCCCUCCAUCCCAACAGAGCCAAAGGUACAGAAAGGCACACCAACUGGGACACGAGAGAACUUUGUUGAAACUUGGAAACGAUCUGGGAUAGAUGCGGUGUGGAGGGCAGCAGCUCUCUUGCGCCUCCUGCUCGAAAAGGAAUAUUCUCUGCACUCGCAGCCACCCGAGGACGUAGAGGACGGCGGAGAAAAGGUACGGAAUGCCGGCCUACAUGUAGGUCGUGGAAGUCGGCAUACUCGAGCCCCAGCACUAGCAGUAAGCAGGAAGCCGGUCAAUAAAGCAGCCGGCCAGGCGCUCGGCCGCCGUACCAUGAAGGAAUUCGAGAACGUCAGGGUAUUUCACGGCCGACAUUGCGACUAUAAUGAGGUCCCGACGUCGGUGGCAGGCGUCUCUGGCGUCUCAGACCUCAAGGCAGCGCGUCCCUGA